AUGACCACUACUUUUGAUAGCAACGACAUUAUCUUAAAUGACCCUCAACAACAACAACAACAACAACAACAACAACAACAACAACAACAACAACAACAACAACAACAACAACAACAGCAGCAGCAGCAACAGCAGCAUGAAUUGCCCCAUUUCACUGUUGACGAAUACGAAUCAGAGUUGAAUUACUUUUAUGAUUACGAUCAAGACAUGGCUGAAGCAGUCAAUGAAGCUGAAUACCAAGAUUACUGCUAUCAACAAGAACAACAAGAGGAAGAAACUGACCUCAUGGAUGAUAGUCUUUUAAAGCUCAUUGUCGAUGUUCAAUCCUAUCUCUCUGAAGCCCCUACGGAUUCCCCUCUUUUUGCUCUUCAAUACAAAAUGUACACUUAUCUCAAACAGCGUGCUUUUGAGAUGGGAAUGGAAAUCCCACCUUCCUUUUAA